AUGGAAGAUCCACAUAUCUGUAUUCUUACGAAUUGGCUUAAUUAUACUUUAAAGUCAUGUUAUAAAAAAAAGAUUACUUAUGCUUCAUUUAAAGAUGGGGUGUUGUUACAAAUUUUAUUUAAUAAACUUAAUAAUAAUAUUUCUAAACCAUUAAAAUUACCACAAUCAUCUGCAGAUAAAAUAAAUAAUAACCAACAAAUUAUUAACAUUGUUUAUGGUGGAGUUAAUAAAAUAUCAGCAGAAAAAUUUACUUUAGGAGCACCAGAAGCUGUCACUCCAUUACUCAUAAAAAUGUUCUUAAAAUAUCAACUGAAAUGCUCUUCAAUUCAAGAAUCUAUAGAUAAAAUACUUGAUAUGGUACAAAGUGUUAUAGGAAAAGAAGUGACAGACCUCAGUCUAUCCUGGGUAGAUGGAACACUUUUUAGUCAAUUUAUUAUUGGGCUUCAACCAGCAACAAAUAAUUCAUUUCAAAACUUUAAUAAAUUAACUUCAGUAGAAUUGAUACAACAAUGUCUUGAAUAUGCAGAGAAUACAUUUAAUGUCCCUCCUUUAAUAACUGCAGAAGAUAUGUGUAAUUUACAAGAACAAUUUUCUUUAGUAGUUUAUUUAUCAUAUUUCAUGAAUUAUGCAAAGAAAGUACCUCGUAAGCGUGUUAUAAUUAUGGAUGAAGCAAAGAGUAAUAAAAUAAAAAAAAUUAUUGACAGUCCUGAACCAGAAUUAGACGUUAAAAUAAGUAGUUAUGUUGCCAUAGAAGAACAACUAAAAAAAGAAGCUGAACCUAUAGUUGAAGAAAUAAAAGAUGACAACCCUUAUUCUCUUUCUGUUCAAAUCAACAUUCUUAAAAAUUUUAAUAUCUUUGAUCAAAAUCCUAGAGAAGAAGAGGACGCUGAUUCAUGGAGACGUAUUAACAAAUUUAGUUAUUGGAUAGAACCAAUAAUGUCUAAUUUCCUUUAUGAAAGUCCUAUGAUUCUUUAUUCUCCACAACAACAAACUGAAGAAGAAUUUAAGAAGAUAUUAGUAACAGAUAAAACUCAUCCAGAAACAUUUUUUAAAUUAGCUUCAUGCUAUUUUCAAGGUAUUCUCGUUGAAAAAAAUGAAAAAUUAGCUUAUAAAUUCUUUAAAUAUGGAGCACGCUAUGGGGAUGUUAACUCAAUUAACAAUAUUGGUUUAAUGAAAGAAAGGGGAAUAGGAUGUGUUCAAGACAAAUACAUUGCAAGAGAAAAGUACGUAGAAGCAAUGACCAAAGGAUGUAUUAUUGCUUGCAAUAAUCUUGCUGUACUACAAAUGAUUGAAGGUAAUGUUGAAAAAGCCAUCAGUAAUUGGAAAUUUGCAAUAACAAAAAAUGUUGUUGCUGCAUGUAAUAAUUUAGGUGUUGCUCUAAUUCAAAGUGAUCCUAAUAAAGCUGUUAACUUAUUAAUGGAAGGAUAUAAAUGUGAUGAUAAGUAUGCAACAUAUAAUUUAGGUGUAAUAGCCUUAAAGGGGAUUUCUGGGCUUGUACCACAGAACCUUUGUGUCGCUGGUGCGUUAUUCCAAAAUAGUAUAAAUCUUCCCUAUUCAAGGUUUAAUGUUGCUUUUAUGCAAUAUACUGGUAUAGGAUUACAAAAAAAUUUACAUGAAGCUGCAAAGAAUUAUGCAUUGUCAAGAUGUUCGAAAACACAUUCAGAUGUUAAUCUAGCAAUUGGAUUGUUGUAUGGACAUUGGGGUGCAAAGUCAGAAGAUAGCCAAGAAAUUGCAACAAAAAUUUUAUUGGCUCAAAGAAAGUCAUCUGUUGCAACGUUUCAUCUUGGUAUGUGUUAUAGAAAAGGAAUAGGAGUAGAUGAAAAUUCUAUUAAAUCAGCUGAAAUGUAUAAAUUAUCUAUGAAGCUAGGUAAUGAAUUUGCUAAAUUUCAUGUUGGUUGUGUAAAGAUGAUCAAACACGAAAAUAGAGAAGAAGCAAUGACAUUAAUUAAAGAAGCGGUUAGUGCUGGGUAUUGGGUUGCUGAGUCAUGGUACGGAAGAUUUAUUUAUGCCACUAAUAAAGGAGAAGGGCUAAGAUUAAUUCGUAACGCAUGUAUUAUGGAAGAUAAACGAGCAUUAUAUGCAUUAGCUAUUCAUUUGUUAAAGAACCAGGAUGUUAGCCAUGCAAUUGAAAUACUAUUUCAUUUACGCAAACUAAAUUAUGUUGAUGCAAUUGUAACACUUGGAGUAUGUUUCAUGAAAGGAGUUGGAGUAAAAAAAGAUGUAAAUGCUGCGUGUGUGUUGUGGAGAAAGGCUAAAGCAUUAGGAAGUGACAAAGCAGUUCAAUUCCUACAAUACUGUUACAAUGAUGAAGAUGAAUUUAAUUAUUAA